CACUAUACCUGUCCUUCAAUGUUUUUAGGAGAGAGUGAAUGUAAGCUGCACAAUGAUGUCUUGUUUUCAUGCUAUGACAGGCUGUAGGUGAUGCAUCACCAGUCUCCAUGUGUGUAACCAGUACAUCUACAUUCUUGUCAACAGGUAUCUGGCAAUCACUAAUUGCCGAGUGUACAUGUGUUCAGAUAAAUAGCUAAAUAAUUUUGGAUGCGUCGUGUAUUUCAUUCUUCCCUCCAUUAUUAAACACGUGAUUUGUUUUUUCUUGAACUGCGUGUGUGGAUCGGAAAUGAUGAGAGACUGAUGAGAUACUGAUAAUGCAUGCCUUCCUCAUUUUGUGAAUUAGGAUCUUGAUUGUUGACAAAUUUGGUAACCUUCAUUCAAGGUUUCCGAACGUCUGCUCUUGAAAACUGGCGUAAUACAAUCGGUUAAAGAUGCUUCUCGGCACGGUGCAGUUAUCGGGUGAGAACCUCUCCUCCGCUGAUGUGCGGGACAUCAGUGAUUCUUUACGGCAUGAUUCUAUCAAGCUUCUCUCGCUCCGGGGCUGCCGUAUGGCGGACCAGCACUACCGCCGGAUGAUGGCUGCCCUGGCUGAGUGCAAGUCCAUCUCCCAACUGAACCUGAAUCUCGGUGUGGUGUGUAGCCGAGAGCGAAUCAAGCUCCUUGCGUCUGCACUCUGCACAAACAAGUCUCUCACCGGACUCUUCCUACAUGGGUCUCCACUCGGCGAUAACGGACUAGCGUUGCUCAUGGACUCGCUGGCACUACAUCCGGGCAUCACUUCCUUGGACCUUGGCGACUGUCGCCUAGGCGACGUGGCCAUACAAAUGCUGUGUCGUCUGCUUCCUGAAAAAGGCGCCAAACCAGGUUUGAAGGAGCUAACACUAAGUGCAAACCCUGCCGUAACCCCCAUGGGUUGGGCCUACCUCGCCAUAGCAAUGUCAUCAGCUAAUAGUCUGAGAGUGCUCAAUGUUGACUACAACAGGCUAGGAGACACCGGGGUGUGCAUGCUGGCCGUCUCGGCAGCAGCAAGUAAAUCAUUGGAGGUGCUGGACUUAGAGAGCGUUGGGGUCUCUGACCAAGGGGCGAAGGUUCUCCUUACGCUUGUCAAUGGAUUUUCGGGAUCGCUGACAGACAUUGUUUUGAAGGAAAACAAUAUGAACACGGCCGUCGAAAAAGAAAUAGCUCAACGUCUUGGGCAAGACUCCCACAUAUCAACCGACAGUAGCUCCAGCGAUUCUGAGGAGAGUGACACCACCGAAGAAGUGUCUGAACGAUACGGGAAGAAACGGUCUGGACGCGGGGGGCUAGAGACCGUCCGACACGGUGGGUCCCUCGGUAGUCCACGAGACGAGCAACUGCGCUCCGUUGAACGCACGGCUCUACGGCUCCUGAAGAGAACUAAAUCAAGUGACGGGGUGCUUCUGAGGAAAGGAAGGAUGCUCAAACGAGAAUGUCACCUCUCAGAGUCUGAAUCGGACAGUAGCGAGGAGGAAAUGAGAAUUUAUCUAUCGAAAAUGGAUAUCGGUAACCAAAAUCAUUCGCCUUGUAGACAUGGGAAAGUUGGAGCGCUGUCGUCACCCAAAGCCGAGAAGACACCACAUGACAAUCUUAAAACUAAACCUCCAAAGAUUGUUCUACCAGAAAACAUUAUAAAUUCAAACGUAUGACUGAUAGUGAAAAUACUUAUGAAUGUGAUAGUUGAAACAGUUUAAUAUCUAAAUUGUAAUAAGCAAGAGGUUUUAAGAUGCACGUAUCAUUUUUUUUUGUAUUACCAAGUCUAGAGUAUUUAAUUUCAUUUACACAUUUAUUUUAUUGCUCUCCUACAUAACACAUUUUAACCAAGUUUGCCAACUAGAUUCAAAUUAUGAGUGCAGUAGAGUCAUUUGGUUUUGUGUGUUUUUACUCUCUGGUUUUCUAUUUCUUUUUAAAUAGCCUUUUAGAAAUAGAUCCAAAUUAAAAUGGUAUACUAUGGUUCUCACUUUUUAAUCAGCGAUUGAUGUUCGGCAAUAAGCUGCGAGACAGUUGUUUUUAUUUGAGCAUUCCGUCCAAUAUAAGAGAAAACGUAACGUGUUAAUAACUAUUAACCAUUUAAAAGUCGCAACGUUAAUACAAUGAACGCCUUCAAAAACACUCGCUGAAGCUAUUCACGUGGCCUUAACCAGGAUUCGAACCAAGGCUACGUGAGAGACAAGAAGCAAUUCAAUACGCACUACGCUAUCCUGUGACCCUUCAUCUUUCUUUUAAAAAUGUUGCCUAUAUUUACUUUGAGAAAUCCCAAUCUAUGGCCGUGCCUUUAAAUAAUAAUAAUAAACGGCAUAAAUCUGUAUUUUAUUCAGGGCAAUGCGACGACUUACCGGCUUUAAGUGCAUCUUGAUCUGCCUGGAACACGUGACUAUUGAAGAUUCUUUCGCGCGGCAAAAAACAUUGCGACAUUUUACAUAGUUCUCAUCAGAACAAUCACACGUUUUAAAUUAACGAGACUCAAUAAGUGAUAUCCAUACUUCUCAAAGUGAUAUUUUUAAGUGUGCUUGUUAAACGUCCGUCACUGACGAUAUUUAUAUUUGCUUUGCAGGAGACAGUCUCAGACCUGUACUAAAAUUAACUUUAAAACCAGACGCAUUUCUUUAGAUCUGUGUUGAAAAAAGGCAUGGGAAUAGUUUUGAAAAUAAAGAUUCUCUUUUACAAGGAUUUUUUGAGACACGUAGUUCAAACUAACAUGUCACAUU